AGGAACUUCCUAUACACAGUUCCUUUAAUUUAAAACCAACCUGGUGAUGUGUUAUUUGUUGAAAUUAUUGAGUGAUCGUUGAUAAACUCUUAAGAAUGCAGCACCUAUUCCUAGCAGGCUUCUUCGCAGCAUCUGGAAGUGCCUUUGGCAAACUAUCUGGUGGUGAAUUUGAGUUUUUAAACACAUAUCCAGCAUUACAAAAUAUUAUUCAACCGUACAUCAUAAUUCUUCAAGCUUUAUGUGUGGGACUUAUGAUUGUUUGUAAUGUUCUAAAUUGGAGACACUUUUUGAGAGCAUUACAUUCUACAGAACAAACAUUAACUGCAACUGUGAUUUCAUCUGCAAGCAAUUAUAUUUGUUCGUUUCUUUUUGGAAUAUUUUUGUUUGGCGAAUCGAUUUCAAUGCUAUCGCUUUUGGGUACAAUUUUAAUAAUAAGUGGAAUGGGUUUUUUGUACAUCUGAAGCAAAGUCAAGGUCAAGGAACGAUGGAGGAGUGAAUUUUGAAUUGGAGAGAUGUUUCAUUCAAAAACGAACAUACAAAAAUUUAAGAUUUUUAAAAUAUGCAUUCUACGAUAAUGAUUAUUCAUGCAAUUAUGUUUUAAAUUAAGUUUAAUAUUUUAAUAAAUUUUUUACUUACCA